AUUCGAAAACGCUGUCGUUCGGAGUCCAGCGAUAAUCGUUAUCCACGUUUUAUCGCCUUCUCGAACGGAUAGGAGGAAGAAGAAUCAAGAAGUGUUAGGCUACUUCGCAGGCAGAGAGCGAGAACAAAGUUGAAAAAAUGGCGACCAUGUCUGCUCUUCAGAGCUCCUUUACAUCUCUUUCUAUAUCCUCAAAUUCCUCCUUCCUCGGCCAGCGUCUCCUUUCCCCGAUUCCCCUCUCCGUCGCUUCUCCGGUCAAACUCGCUGAGAACCACCCAUGUCUUGUCUUUGCAAAGCUUAAGCGUUGGGAAAGGAAGAAAUGCAAACCAAACAGUCUUCCCAUUCUGCACAAGAUGCACGUCAAGUUUGGAGAUACGGUCAAAGUGAUUUCUGGACGAGACAAGGGUAAGAUUGGAGAAGUCACUAAGAUCUUUACCCACAACAGCACCAUCGUCAUCAAAGAUGUUAACCUCAAGACCAAACACAUGAAGAGCCGUGAAGAGGGUGAGCCUGGCCAAAUUCUCAAGAUCGAAGCACCGAUCCACAGCUCAAAUGUGAUGCUGUAUUCGAAAGAAAAGGAGGUGGUAAGCCGGGUGGGUCACAAGGUCCUUGAAGAUGGACAGAAGGUAAGAUAUCUUAUCAAAACUGGGGAACUUAUCGACACCAUUGAGAAGUGGAAGCAACUUAAGGAGGCUAAGGAUAAAGAAACCACUCAAGUUGCAGCUGCCUCCGCAUCUUAACAUCUCCACUUUUUGAUAUAUUUGUCUCAUGAAUGUAUUAAGCUGCUUCCUUAAGUAAAGCUUAGAACGGUCGGUCUGUGCUUUAUUCUAAAGAUACAUUAUUUUUACAGAGUAUUUUCUAAAACUA